AUGGGCCUGGCCGUAGAGGACUGCCUGAUCAGAUCUGCCAAAGCCAAUCGUUUUCGGAACAAGCUCUUCAACCGCGAGCCGGCUGCAGAGUUGGUUCGGAGUGAAUGGCAGAUCACUUUGCUUGGAGCCUUGUGCCUCCUAUGCCAGUGGAGCGUUGCUGGUAUGAAGCGAAAUCAAGAGACAUCUCAGCUGGUACUGCGGUCGCUGCUGGAAAGCAGUAUUGGGCGCGGAGCUCUGCCGGAGCUGCUGUUGCAUUUUCGUGACCAGCAUAUCAUGCAGAGUUGUUUGCAGCGUGCGGGCCUACAGCUGUGCGUGCAUCUUCCAUCCCUCCAUGCAGACAUCGGGCAAGUGUCUGUGGAUUCAUGCUUGUCUUCUUUUUGGCAAUCCUUCCUGAGUUGCUUUUUGAAGGCAUGGAUUGCGGUGGACAGUUGCCAAGCAGCCCGAGCCUUGUGCAAAGUCCUGCUCGAGACUCUGGCACAGCACAUCGAUCAACACACUGUCGAAAGUUCUCAUGGAGAUGUUAUGUUGGGUCGUGACUUGGACCCCGCUCAGCAAGGCCGCAACUGUGUGGAUGAGGAUGUUGUCCAGUUUCUACGACAGGAAGCAGCUGCAAAACACUUGAGCCGUGGAGUCAUCAAUGACGUGCAUGAUGUUGCAUAUCCGAGCCAAGGUGCUGUCUGGCAACGGAAGGAUGCAUGUCGCUAUGCUGCGAACUGUUGGGAGGAGUUUCAAUCAAACAAAUGCAACAAUGUGGUCGUUGCUGUGAGCUUGGAUGCUAAGCGUCUCGGCGAUCCUGGUGUUGAUCUCCUUGUCGGCGCUUGUUCGAGGUCCUGCACAGGGAUUUGGCUACCACCCCAGGUUUUGGCUGACGAGCCCAGUGUUGCCCCCGAGUCCGAUGAGAGUGCAAAGGUGCUCCAGAGCGCUUUGUGCCAAUGGCUGCGUGAAGCACCGGGCCCCGAUGACCCAGAGGUCGCAGCAGAAAUGCGGCCACGACGUGCUGCGAAUAUGCAUUAUAUGUUGUGCAUGGAAAAUGCCAUCAAAGCAGGCACUGGUUACAGCUUGUCAGAUUUCCUUCCUCUGCGGCGUCCCACACGUUUGGAAAGCCAUGAGACUCGGGAAGUUGUUUGUUUGGGCAGAGAGCAGGGCGUGGGGCAGAAGCGUGUCGCCGUGCUCGACCGCAACAGUGGCAAACGAGUUUUGGAACACCCGAAGCACUUGGACAAGGAUGGUAGGGCAUACCUGUCACCCAGCCUCGUUGUUUGUGUUGAUCAGGGCUCCGUUGGUUGGCCGUGUGUCCAGAUGGCUUUUCAGGCCUUCGGCUUGCGUGGCUACUACAGCCAUGACCCGUGGCACAGAAUCUGGAACGACCUGAAGGCCGCGUGUGUUGCCACAUCUUUCUGGUCAAUCGUGCGUGAAGGUACAUUGGCCAUGAAUGUGAGAUGCGGUCCGUUUCAAGGCGCAGCUUUUCAUGGCCAGCUUCAGUCAACAUUGAAGGUGUUCAAAAGCAGUUCUUCCUUCGACAAUGUUUUCUUCCAGUCGACGUACAAUGCAAUUUGCCGCGAAUGGGGACUGCAAGGUGCACUGGACUAUGGGAGCGAAGAACAUAUGCAGACUGUCUUUCGUCAACUUUGCGAAAAUUCCGAGCUUUCUCACAAAGGGAGCAAUGUCAAGUGGGCUCGAUGGGCUUCUUUCUUUGACAGUGGCCACAGCUUUCGGGAAUGCUGGAGUGGUCGGCUUUGCAUCAUGCUUUUCCACGGUUGGAGGGAAGGCUGGUGGAAGUCGCUUUCAGCCUCCCCCCUGGGCUUGGAAAAUGGUGAUGAUUACGGUGUGCGAGGGCUUCUGGCCACGAGCCAAGCUGCAGGGCAGGCUGCCGGCAUGGCGACAAAGAGCGUUAAACACAGCAAUGAGACAGUUGAGCUGCUUCGCAAGGAAUGCAAGAACACUCUGGAAAUGGCAACUUUGGUAAUGCACAACAACACGACCAGACGCAUGUUUUCGAUGCUGAUUGACAUCGUGGACCCCGUCCGAAUCCAGAUGGGGAAAGACAUGAAGGUCAUGCAGACAGGAAAGGAUGGGACCAUGCAUGUGCUCAAAUCCUGGAGCAUAGGGCAGGCUACGUCCAAAACUUGUCGUGCGGUCCUGCUGAAGCUUCAAGACCGUGAUGCCUUGGAUUGGGCAGGCAUGGACCUGGCCACGGAUGGCACCCAAACUGCAGCAGACGUCCUAGUGGAGAAUGAGAUGGCAAAAAGGAUGGUCGCUCUUGCGCGAGAGGUCUGUGCAGGCAGAUCCUUUUCCAUGGGGGAGUACUCCCAUGCUCCACCUUUCAUGUUUCUCGGCUUGCUAGCAGAGGAAUCACGAGGUGAGUGCCUGGAGAAGUUGCGGAUUCUGUGGGAAGUUUGCCAGGAGCUCGAGCGGCUCAGCCUUCAGGACCCUUGGUACAGGUCUUUCCUAGACAGCCUUGUUUGGCCAAGUUUGUCUACGGUGAGAGGACUGCUCAUCGACUUGCAGGAAAUGGAUUGGUUUGCAACUGCAACUCUACAAUUGCACCUCGAAGACUUGUUCGGCAACUUGUGCAGCCACACGAAGAUGGUGGAGGAAGCUUUCAAUGAUGCCACCGACAGAACCCGAAAGGUGAAGAGCGGCAGACUCGACAAAAUCAAUCUGUGGCAGUCCCUCCAAGACACAGGCCUUCUGCAGCGACUCGGCUACCAGCCACCAGCAGAAGUUCCCGGAAUUGCAGUGCCAAGCGCCCUUCCGAAGAAGCUGUUCGUUCCGGACAAAAUGGAAAGCUUCUCGUUGGGAGGCAAAGAUGGCUUGAAACAGAUGUCUGAAAAUGAUACGUGGGUAAGCCUAUCUCCUGCCAACCAUUCGAUGAUUGCCUGGGCAACUGAGGCUUUGUUGUAUACAACUCGCACGAAGUUAGAUGACUUGCGGAGUUGCUGGCAGUCGAUGCUGGCAUUGCCUGGAUGGGUAUUGUGGAAAAAGAGCGAUGCAACAACAGCAAUCUGGGUUUUCAAGUCGACGAUCUGGGGCGUGCUCGGAUGGCCUGUGAAAGGCCGGCAAGUGAAGGGUCACCGCAACGAGGUGCUGAAGCUUUGGGAACUGGAUCUAAGCGAAACAUCCUCGUUGCAGUUCCGCAUCGUUACAGAUUUCAACUUGUGGAAGAUGUGUGAGAUUGUUGUGAAGUCUCCGGCCCACGUAAGCGCUGGAGGUUUCAGGAGCCUUGUUGGAAAAGGCAUCGUUUUGCAAUCUGGACUUUGGGACAGUUUGCUAACUUCGGCGGCCUCCCAGGGGUUCAAGGGGUUGACAAUGCCUUAUUUGCAGAAGCUCUAUUCAAAGCUCGGUGUCAAGAAGGAAGGCAGGCGCCCAUCUACUGUGCGGGAGAUUUGCAAAGCAAUGCUUGAGCACUGUUUUCCUGGUGAAACGGCUGAUCAAAUCGAUCGCUACCUGGCCAAUCGGGACAGCAGUGAAUUUCGCGAAAUCGGUUCUAUUCUGAGCGACGAGAAGCAUUUAGACUUAGCUGCAGAUUACUUGGAAGAACAAGAUGUGGCGCAGUUCAGAAAGCAGCUGCGCAGCAGUCCGAAGCCAGCUGCCACUUCCGGCUCUGAGACAGCUUCCAAGCAGAAGCCUGCCACUGCAAAAGCUGCAUCAUCCAGUGCGUGCCCAAAGCCACCAGCGAAGAAACAGAGGUUGCAGAAAGAGCCUUUCAAAAUCGAUUGGACCAGAAUCAAUGUCGCAGCCAUCACCCCUUAUUUGCCUUCGUGCAAGCAUGGCAGAGUCGAAUUCCAACAAGAGUUGAAGCUUUCCAGGCGCUGGAGAGUCUUCUAUCCAAGGAAGACACCUGGCGAGAAGAGUUUCUCUUUAGUCUAUCACGAUGCAUCUUCGGAAAGACGCAGCGUGCUCAGCUGCCUCAACUGGGUGUGGGGCGUGCACGUCCUCGAAGGAGGCAGUGAAUCCCCGUGGAGCUUCGAUCUGUGA